UAGGUAUUAAAAUAUAUAGCCAGAAAUAUGAAUGCAGUGAUUAGAUUAGUAUUGAGACCUUUUGUUUAUACAUCAGUGAUUUGAAGGAGUAUCUAUCCAGUAGGUAAGGAGAGAGUGUGUGCAACCUCUGUGAUGUAUCUUCUUAUCCCAGACCACUCAGAGGGUACCCCACAAUAUGUGGGAGAGACAGGGACAUAAUGUCCUCCGCUCACAAACCAAUGGGCGAAUUCACCAAGAAGGGUAUACAGUCUCAGGCUGGGAGAAGAAGAAAUUUUUGGAGGAUUGGGAGGCAGUGUUUGAGCGGAGGCAUAAGACUUCUGCAUAGACGACUCUGGUCUCUAUCAAGUUUCCUAUGAUCUGGGAGUUCUGAGGGACAAACUCCAUGCCCAUUCCCAGACCUUUCCCCGGUAAAACUAUCUGUUAGAAGCAUCAUGAGAGGAACACUUUGGAGAUUCUUGUUCCCUAUGUGGGUUUAUCAGUGUAGGGGAACAAUUUGGCUCAAAGUUCAUUGUUAUUGAGCUAUCUUCUGAUGGAGGCCAUCAUGCUGGGAAGUGCUAUUUGAGAUAUUGGCAGUAUAGGAACUCAGACUUAGAGGUGGGAAAGCAAUUUCUAUCCUACUUUAAUGCUAGUUUAAACAGUAAAUUAUUAAUCUCUAAAAGCAUCUUUUUAUUGUUUAAUCAGCAUUAGAGAAGCUUUCACAGUGAGCUCUUAUAAAGAAGGUGUGAGUUCUUAGUAAAUUGGCCUGUCAUUGGCGCUUGGGUCAAGGGUGGUAAUGCUAUAUUUUUUUUAAUGAAAUGUGCUAUUUGUGUGGCAAAGGGUUCUCACUAUGUAAGCUUCCAGAUUGCUGGGCUGAAAAAAGUGUGUACUGCUUUCUCUUAAUAUUUUUGACAUCUUUGGCUAGUUACACUUUCCACUGCCCUUAAUUAUUUGGUGUACUGCCUACAUACUCUUGUAACUUGAACACGUAUAUGCCCUGUCUCACAAUGAGAGGGCUAGCUGCCCUUCCGAGUUCACCUCCACAGAUCACAGACCUCAUGCUUUCACCUCCCCUGGGGUGGGUGAUUCUCCUGCUCUUAGGCCUGGUCUACACUACGAGUUUAGGUCGACUUUAGCAGCGUUACAUCGAAUUAAGCCUGGACACGUUCACAUGACGAAGUCCUUUCUUUCGACUUAAGGGGCCCUUUAAACUGGUUUCUUUACUCCACCUCCGACAAGGGGAUUAGCGAUAAAAUCGGCCUUAGCGGGUCGGAAUUGGGGUAGUGUGGACGGAAUUCGAUGUUAUUGGCCUCCGGGAGCUAUCCCACAGUGCUUCAUUGUGACCGCUCUGGACAGCACUCUCAACUCAGAUGCACUGACCAGGUAGACAGGAAAAGCCCUGCGAACGUUUGAAUUUCAUUUCCUGUUUGCCCAGCGUGGAGAGCACAGGUGACCACACAGAACUCAUCAGCACAGGUAACCGUGAUGGAGUCCCAGGAUCGCAAAAGGUCUCCAGCAUGGACCGAAUGGGAGGUACGGGAUCUGCUCGCCAUAUGGGGAGAUGAAUCAGUGCUAGCUGAACUCCGUAGCAGUAAAAGAAUGGCAAAAUAUUAGAAAAGGUCUCCAAGGCCAUGAAGGACAGCGGCCAUAACAGGGACGCACAGCAGUGUCGCGUGAAAAUUAAGGAGCUAAGGCAAGCCUACCACAAAGCCAGAGAGGCAAACGGAAGGUCUGGGGCACAGCCGCAAACAUGCCACUUCUACGUGGAGCUGCAUGCCAUGCUAGGGGGUGCAGCCACCACUACCCCAACCGUGUGCUAUGACUCCUUCACUGGAGAAACACACAGGGAAGAGGGUUCGGGGUACGAGGAAGAGGAGAAUGAAGAUAAUGUGGAUAGCUCACAGCAGCAAGGAAGCGGAGAAACCGGUUUCCCCAACAGCCAGGUUAUGUUUAUCACCCUGGACCUGGAGCCAGUAACCCCCGAACUCACCCAAGGUGUGCUCCCAGACCCUGAGGGCACACCGGGGACCUCUGCUGCAAAUGUUUCUCCUUCACAGAGGCUAGUGAAGAUUAGAAGGAGAAAACGGCAGACUCGGGAUGACAUGUUCACAGAGCUCCAGAUGUCCUCCCACGCUGAAAGAGCACAGCAGAAUGCGUGGAGGCAGUCAAUGGCAGACUACAGAAAAGCACAGUAUGAGCGAGAGGAGAGGUGGCGGGCUGAAUCGUGGGAUGAACAGAGCAAGUGGCGGCUGAAGAUGAUAGGUGGCGUCAGCUUGCAGACAGAAGGCAAGAGUCGAUGCUCCAGCUGCUGGAGCAUCAAACUGAUAUGCUCCAGCGUAUGGUUGAGCUGCAGGAAAGGCAGCAGGAGCAGAGACCGCCACUACAGCCCCUGUGUAACCAACAGCCCUCCUCCCCAAGUUCCAUAGCCUCCUCACCCAGACGCCCAAGAACACGGUGGGGGGGCCUCCGGCCACCCAGUCACUCCACCCCAGAUGAUUGCCCGAGCAUCAGAAGGCUGGCCUUCAAUAAGAGUUAAAGUUUUAAACUGCAGUGUGUCCUUUUCCUUCCCUCCUCCCCCACUCAUCCCGGGCUACUUUGGCAAUUAUCCCCCUAGUUGUGUGAUGAAUUAAUAAAGAAUGCAUGAAUGUG